AUGCCUGACUUUCGCCCCCUCUUCUUCAUCGCCAAGGUCUUGACCUGCUGUUGCUGCUGCACUCGUCGCAAGCCUGAGAAUGCUCGACGCUCCAAUCACCCCUACGGCCCCGGGCAAGACCAGCGAUCAGGGAGCAGUAGUGAGAACUCUUCUGACUACUCUGAGUACUCAGUCCCCCCAGCAUAUCCAGGUGGUCCCCUGAACCUCAUUCAUCCUGAUGAAUUUGAGGUCCCUGACGAGUUGGACGAAGUGCAUGGACGAGAUGAGUUUGGUUUUGACCUGCAAAAAUCCAGAUCUCUUGUUCCGUGCCCUCCUACGCCUCGUCCACCUUCACCUGCCACUUCUGAGCCUGCUACUACUAGGCCUAGUACUGCUAGACCCGAUGCUCUGAGGCCUAGUACUGCGGAGUCUACCACUACCAAGACUAUUUCAGAUGAACCCGUUGCUGGUCCAUCUGUCAUAGCUGAGACUACUGCUACCGGCUCCGUCACCAAUAAGCCUUAUGCUAAUGAGCCUGGUACCCCCAAACCUGUUGUCGUUGAGCCUAUCACAGAUGAGUCUGCUCUUGAUAAAUCUGUCAUAGCCGAGUCUGAAGCAACUACCAAAAAACCUGUUGCUGAAGACACUAGUGCUACCAAGUCUGCUGGCUCUGAACCUAUCACAGAGGAGCCUGCUGCAACGAAGUAUGUUGCCACAGAAUCUGAGCCUGAAGCCGAAUCCUUUGAGGCCGGUUUUGCAGAGACCAAGGCCGAUCGACCUGACUUUGUUAAUGUCGACCUGGCGGAGGCUGGUCUUCGCAAGUCUGAUAUCGAGGCCAGUGAGGUUAAGGGCGGUACCACUGAGGCCAGCUCUGGCGGAGUUGGUCCUACAGAGAACAAGGACGAGGAUAAGGGCAAGGACAAGGUCUUGGAGUAA